GGAAGUCAUGUUGACGAAACGAAACUGAAGGUUCAAAUCAAACGAAGCAACCGACCUGGAAGUUUUAUGCUCGUUCAGGAGAAAAAUAAAACGCAUUUUGAAACACGCUGACGGACAGAAACAGCAUCAAGGAUGGCCUCUGCUAACACCUCCUGGUCUGAAGAGAACUUUUCAUGUUCCAUCUGUCUGGAUGUGUUCAGCAGCCCAGUUUCCACACCAUGUGGACACAACUUCUGCAGAACCUGUAUUACUAAGUUCUGGGAUGAACAAGUCAAGUACAAAUGUCCCGUUUGCAACGAGCUUUUCAACACAAGACCUGAUUUACGGGUCAAUAUCCUCUUUUCAGAGAUGGUUGAUCGGAUUGGAACGUCCCUACGAGUAAAAGAGCAGCCUUGUGUUGAACCAGGAGAAGUUCCCUGUGAUGUCUGUACUGGGACCCAGCAGAAGGCCGUGAAGUCCUGCCUAAUGUGUCUUACCUCUUACUGCCAAACCCACCUGGAGCCACACCAUAGAGUCGCAGGCCUGAAGAAACAUCGGCUGGUCGAGCCUAUGGACCGUCUGGACGACAGGAUGUGUAAGAAACACGACCGACUUCUGGAGCUCUUCUGCCAGACUGAACAGGUGUGUGUGUGUCAGUUCUGCACAGAGACGGACCACAAGUCACAUCCUGUUAUACCUCUAAAGGAGGAAUAUGAAAUGAAGACGGCCCAGCUGGGGAAGAUAGAGGCUGAAGUUAAGCAGUUGAUCCAGGAGAGACAAAAAAAUAUUCUGGAGAUUAAAGACACAGUUAAACGCAUCAAAGUAGACGCAGACAGAGAGAUAGCUGAUGGUGUGCAGGUCCUCAAUGCUCUGAUGCGCCGCAUUGAAAAGUGCCAGGAUGAUCUCAACCAAAUGGUGAAAGAGAAACUGAAAUCCACAGUGAAACAAGCUGAAGACCUCAUCAAAGGGCUGGAGCAGGAAAUAGAAGACCUGACCAAUAGAAGCUCAGAGGUGAAGCAGCUCUCACAGACUAAAGACCACCUCCACUUCCUCCAGGCCUUCAGAUCCCUGAAGGAUCCUCCACCCACCAGGGACUGGGCCACGGUGGAGGUCCGUCCUCCGUCAUACGUAGGGACCUUGAGGAGAUCCCUGGAUCAGCUGGAGGAGACACUGAACAUGGAGAUGAAGAAACAGCGUGAUAAUGAACUGAAGAGGGUCCAGAAGUAUGAAGUAGAUGUGACUCUGGAUCCUGAUACAGCUCAUCCCUGGCUCAUCCUGUCUGAGGAUGGGAAACAGGUACAUGAUGGAGGUUUGAGGAAGGUACUCCCAGACAACCCUAAGAGAUUGACAUGGUGUAUAUAUGUUCUCCUGAGGCAGAGCUUCUCUUCAGGGAGAUUUUACUUUGAGGUCCAGGUUAAAGACAAGACUCUAUGGUGGUUAGGAGUGGUCAGAGAGUCCAUCAACAGAAAAGUUCUGACAGAGCGGACCCCUGAGAACGGUUACUGGACUCUUCACUACAACAAGGAUGUGUUGUUAUUUAGAGAUGACCCUUGUGUCCGUCUCCCUCUGAGAGCUGAGCUCCAGAAGGUGGGGGUUUUUGUUGAUUAUGAUGAGGGUGUGGUCUCCUUCUAUGAUGUGGAAGCCAGGGUUCAUCUCUACUCUGCUACUGGCUGUAGCUUCAGUGAGCCUCUCUAUCCACUCCUCAGCCCAGGUCCCCGUGUUUAUGAAGGUAACAACUCUGCCCCCCUCAUCAUCUCACCUGUCAAUCAAAUUGACUAGGACCUUUGUUUGGUAAUAAAAUAAUAAAAUAACCAAAACAACUAAUGUUGUUUCCUGAAUUAGAAUCUCUACUAUGUGAGGUCUGAGAGAACUUUAUUCAUAUCUUACUUUUCACUGUACUAUAAAAAGAUAUAACCCGAUAUAAGACUACACUAUAAUGUUCAAUGAUUUUUAUCUGAUUGUUUUUUUAUAUUUUUAAUUAAUGAAAAAAUUGUAAUCAGAUAAUGUGAAACAUUGAUUUUGAUAACAUUAUCAUUAGUUGUUUUAACCAGAUAGUUAUAUUCCUUUAUUAUUUUUGAAUCAUGUUUGACAACACAAUACAAUGUUUGUAAACUUUUGAGAUUUGAAUAAAAAUGUUCUAAAAGUAGAA